GAACAAUCGGACGGUGCACAAGGCGAGCACAAACAGGCAAAGAAACACGCGCGCGUCCGUUAGCUUUUCCCAUAAUUAAAAGUCUGCUGCUGACUGCAGUACUCGCAAACAUGUUUGCUAACUUUACAUGUAUGGGGGGGGGGGGGGGGGGGGUGGGGGGGGGGGGGGGGGCUAGAACGCGGAUAUAUGCGGACUGCCAGCAGCGUCCGUGAAACUCGCUAGCGGCGGUUGGAUAUAUAGAUCGAUCAUCGAACAGAAAACCCGAUCGAUAUAUAUAUAGAUCGAUCGAGUGGCGACGCCGCGUCCCCUGCUCGUCAACACAACGCAUCUCUCCCCUCGCCGCCGCCGAAUCCAGCGCUGGUGGUGGGUCCAACCGUGCAAGAGGAACGCCGGCAAGCGUGGACGACAAAUGUCUGCUCACACUGCGUCCGCACCGGCACAUCCGGCAGAACCUGGCGACGGUGGCAUCUCUUCGCUGUGGCCAGCGCUCAAGUUGGAUUCAGGCGCCAGCGUCCACAUCGUGCGUGACCCCAGCCUCCUCUCCGACCUCCGCGACGCGCCGGAGGAGCUGUUGGUGACGGCGGCGGCGCACGGCGGAAACAAGAUGACCGUCAACAAGAUCGGUGACAUACGGGUACUCGACCGCUUCACGAUCCCGAACGUCUACCUCCUGCCAGAGCUCAGGGACGACGGCCUCAUCAGCGUCCGGCAGCUCGCGAGGCAGGGCAUCUGCACGUUCUUCGUUGGAGACCGGGCGAGGCUGUACGCGGGGACCGACCUGGUCGGCGUCGCCGUCGCUGAGCUAGACGACCCGUACGGUCUUUACGUGCUGCACUCUUUGUUCGUGCCGAAGAUCAUCGCUUCUGCUCGGCGGGCCUGUGGUGGCCGCAGCUGGUGGUGUGCUUGGCGUUGGCGACCGUCCUUUGCUGCUGACGAUGCUGGCGCCGCCGCCACCGCCGCUGACGAACAGCAAGAGAACAUGCUAUCGUUGACUGAUUCCUAUCGUUACUGAUUAGGAAGAAGAAGACACGACGACAACAACAACCAGUAGUCUCGUACAUGCAUUAUAGGGGACAAAUCCCUAUAUUUUAUAGGAUCAAGCAAUUUGUGUCAUUGAUUAUAAAUCAUGCGGUGAUAAUAUCUUAAUAAUAAUAUAUAUAUAGGAUCAAACGUAGAGAUUGUUUAAUUGCACGAUCGCACCAAUACAUCUGAUUGCCUAUAUUAUUGUAUC